AAGACCUUUUCCAGUGACUUGGGAUUGUCACUGUGUGUGUGGGUGGCCUUGACCCUUCACCUGCUUCCAAAAAGCGUCGGAGGCCGCUGACAUCCAACACGCGUGGAAGUCAGCCCGCACCCCCACGCACUUGCAGGAGACAGCAGGGAGCCUCCGGCCCCGGGAACUCUCUAGGGCUGAGAUCUCUGUAAUGAUGGAGGGAAGCAGGCAGACGCGAGUGUCUCGGCCAUACAAGAUCAGCGAAUCAUCCAAGGUAUACCGCUGGGCCGACCACUCAAGCACGGUGCUGCAGCGGCUGAACGAGCAGCGACUCCGCGGCCUCUUCUGCGACAUUGUCCUGGUGGCCGAUGAGCAGCGUGUGCCAGCCCACCGCAACCUGCUGGCCGUGUGCAGCGACUACUUCAACUCCAUGUUCACCAUUGGCAUGCGGGAAGCUUUCCAGAAGGAGGUGGAGCUGAUCGGCGCCUCCUACAUCGGGCUCAAGGCCGUGGUGGACUUCCUGUACGGCGGGGAGCUGGUGCUGGAUGGCGGCAACAUUGACUACGUCCUGGAGACGGCCCACCUUCUGCAGAUCUGGACGGUGGUAGACUUCUGCUGUGAGUACCUGGAGCAGGAGGUGAGCGAGGACAACUACCUGUACCUGCAGGAGCUGGCCUCCAUCUACAGCCUCAAGCGGCUUGACGCCUUCAUCGAUGGCUUCAUCCUGAACCACUUCGGCACACUGUCCUUCACGCCCGACUUCCUGCAGAACGUCUCCAUGCAGAAGCUGUGUGUCUACCUGAGCAGCAGCGAGGUGCAGCGGGAGUGUGAGCACGACCUCCUGCAGGCCGCCCUGCAGUGGCUGACGCAGCAGCCCGAGCGCGAGGCCCACGCCCGCCAGGUGCUGGAGAACAUCCACUUCCCGCUCAUCCCCAAGAACGACCUGCUGCACCGCGUCAAGCCAGCCGUGUGCUCGCUGCUGCCCAAGGAGGCCAACUGCGAGGGCUUCAUCGAGGAGGCCGUGCGCUACCACAACAACCUGGCGGCCCAGCCCGUCAUGCAGACCAAGCGCACGGCGCUGCGCACCAACCAGGAGCGCCUGCUGUUCGUGGGCGGCGAGGUCUCCGAGCGGUGUCUGGAGCUCAGUGACGACACCUGCUACCUGGACGCCAAGAGCGAGCAGUGGGUCAAAGAGACGCCGCUGCCCGCCCGGCGGAGCCACCACUGUGUGGCGGUGCUGGGGGGCUUCAUCUUCAUCGCCGGCGGCAGCUUCUCACGGGACAACGGAGGGGACGCGGCCUCCAAUCUUCUUUAUAGGUAUGACCCCCGCUGUAAACAGUGGAUCAAGGUGGCCUCCAUGAACCAGCGCCGUGUGGAUUUCUACCUUGCUUCCAUCGAAGACAUGCUGGUGGCCGUCGGCGGCCGGAAUGAGAACGGAGCGCUCUCUUCGGUAGAGACGUACAGUCCGAAGACCGACUCCUGGUCCUAUGUGGCGGGCUUGCCAAGGUUCACGUACGGCCACGCGGGCACCAUCUACAAAGACUUCGUGUACAUCUCUGGGGGCCACGACUACCAAAUCGGCCCCUACCGCAAGAACCUGCUGUGCUACGACCACCGGACAGACGUGUGGGAGGAGCGGCGGCCCAUGACCACGGCGCGCGGCUGGCACAGCAUGUGCAGCCUGGGCGACAGCAUCUACUCCAUCGGGGGCAGCGACGACAACAUUGAGUCCAUGGAGCGCUUCGACGUGCUGGGCGUGGAGGCCUACAGCCCACAGUGCAACCAGUGGACCCGCGUGGCGCCGCUGCUGCACGCCAACAGCGAGUCGGGCGUGGCGGUGUGGGAGGGCCGCAUCUACAUCCUGGGCGGCUACAGCUGGGAGAACACCGCCUUCUCCAAGACCGUGCAGGUGUACGACCGAGAGACCGACAAGUGGAGCAGGGGCGUCGACCUGCCCAAGGCCAUCGCUGGCGGGUCCGCCUGUGUCUGCGCCCUGGAGCCGAGGCCAGAGGACAAAAAGAAGAAAGGCAAAGGCAAGAGGCACCAGGACCGGGGCCAGUGACCCCAGCUGCGCCUCCUGGGACCAUCCUCACCAUCAUAUCCCAGGGCUCUGUAGACCAGCAGCAACUUCUUAGUAUUCCGGAAACAUUAUGUACAACUUAGCAGCUUUUUUUACUUUUAUGAUUCUUGGUAUUUCUAUGAUAUCACAGUAACCAAUUAAAUACUCUCUGUAACUUUA